AGUUGACGUUUUGCCGAGGUGCCGUUUUAGCUAUAACCCGCUUGUCACAUGAGAGGAAAUAGUAUUUCUCUGUGAGCUGAAGGAACUAUUCACACACGAAAAUGUUGGUCCUUGUAUUAGGAGACCUACACAUUCCACACAGAUGUAACAAUCUCCCUGCUCGUUUCAAGAAACUUCUUGUGCCAGGAAAGAUCCAGCACAUCUUGUGUACAGGAAAUCUCUGUACUAAGGAUUCCUUCGAUUAUCUCAAGACACUAGCCAGUGAUGUGCAUGUCGUCAAAGGAGAUUUUGAUGAGAAUAUAAAUUACCCUGAACAGAAAGUUGUAACAGUUGGGCAGUUCAGGAUUGGUUUGUGUCAUGGCCACCAGGUGGUGCCAUGGGGAGACACAGAAGCGCUUGCAAUGGUCCAGCGACAACUGGACGUUGACAUCCUCAUCUCAGGUCAGACACACAAGUUUGAAGCAUUUGAACAUGAGGGAAAGUUCUACAUCAACCCUGGAUCAGCUACAGGGGCUUACAAUGCACUUGACUGUAAUGUAACUCCAUCUUUCGUCAUCUUGGACAUCCAGCAGUCCAAUGUGGUGGCGUACGUCUACAAACUCAUGAACGACGAUGUCAAGGUCGAGAGGAUAGAAUACAGGAAGUCAUAAAGACACUUUGUUUAUUGCUCCAAUGAUAUUUAAGAUGACAAAACCAGGGAGCGAUGUCCCCUGUGGUCGGACGGAUAAGCCCAGGACCACUGUGAGACGUAGAUAAGCACUUUGCCACAAUACGAUACCUGUCAUGAUAGUAUGUUUGGGCGUGAUGCCCAAAUCUCAAUAACUCCAUCAUUGUGAAUCACUGGAGUCUCAUCCUCAACAGAUUAGCUAACAAAACCUUAAACCAUCGUGAUGAUGUCUUGCUAUGUUGUUGCAGUUGAUUCUGAGCCUGGAAUUCACUGGUCCUUUUGAAUGUCAUUGUAGCAAGUAAAACUGACACUACAUUAGGGCAUUAUAAAAAUUUAUAGAGAAAUUAGAUAUCAACCAUAAAAUGGUCUAUGUAGGAGAAAUCACUCCGAUCAACAGAUGCUGAUGGUUUCUCCACGACAUCCUUUUUUUUUUUACAGUUUGGCCCGAAGCCAAUCACUGUUUCACCAGUACACUGCAAUAUUAGAUGUAAUCGUAUGGUACCAGGGAUUUAUCGGGACAUCCUCGGAGGUUGAUAUUCAGCUCGCAGUGUACAGGAAAUGUUGGUACCACGUGUACUAAAUCCCUGUUAUUUUGAAAUAAGAUCAGCUUUUGUUUGUCUCUGUUUAUUCACACGGGUUUGUUCCAAAAAUGUGUAUCAUGAUAGAUCUUGUAUUAUGACUCUUGUGUUUUAUUUCAGACGUUUCUAAAUAUGUGUCCUGAGUUACUCAAACUGUGGCACAAGGCAAACUAUUACAAACCAGGGCCACGUUCCACAAAGCAAUCUUAGCCCAUAGAUAAUCAAACUUUCAUACUGUAACAUUGACUUUCUUCAAUUGUAGUGCUAAGAUCACUUUAUGUAACAGAGCCUUGGGUCCAUUUCAUAAAGUAAUUGUAAAGCUACGGCUGUCAUACCUCCUAUACUAUGACAUAGACUUAUGUCCCUUACUUUGGCAUAGACUUUUGACAGUCAUAGCGCUACGACUAUCGUAUGUCCUAUACUUUAGCAUAGACUUGUGACAGUCAUAGUGCUACGACUAUCGUAUGUCCCUUACUUUAGCAUAGACUUAGCAUAGUCAUUAGGUCCGAGGCUCAUUCAAUCUUGAGCCUCUUUACUUAUCAAUUUCUUACAAGCUCAGUGAUGUUACUGGCCAACUAAGGUCAUUAAUGCCAUGGGACUUGGGAUUUUAGUUUUCCAUUGAUUUGUUGUAUAGUAUUGUCUUGUGAGUUAUAGAUGACACGUGUACGAUGUGUAGAUAUUUUAAUGAUGUUUCACCUUGAUAGCUGUCUGCUUCAGCAGUAGUUAACAUGGUUAAUACAAAUAACAUUGUUACCAUGGCUACACGAUAUUAUUCAUCUUAAUUCAGGGGACAAAGAUCAGUGCAGAUUUUCUUUUAAGAGACCAAUGUUGCAUCUUCGAUUAUCCAGUGUGUCAUACCUCCAUUCUGUUAUUAUGUAUGACCUGGACCCAUUCAGCACCUUAACUUCGUCUUGAGGCCGCUUGUAUGGCCACAUCACUAGAAAUGAGGAGGCACAGGUGGCCCCGUCAUCUAAGGCACUGCAGUUAACUGUCCAGAGUUGCGUCCCUUGGGCAUUCCAGAAACCUAUUAUCAUGGGUUAAAAUCCCGAUUCGCUCCAAUUAUGUUUCUAGUUUUUUUAGCACCAUACUUGUGGGUUUCACCAAAGUGGUAAAUUUCUGAGACUUGCAUCACUUUGGCUUUUCUCCCACAUUAAGCUGACACGCUUAUAACUGGAAUACUGUAAAAAAGCCGGGUUCUCCAACUUCACUCACUCACUAUCGAAACGAAGCCAUGGUGGUGAAUAUCGAUCAUAACAGAAGGGUGACAAGAUGGAUAUUCAAUGCUUGCACUGUUAGUUGCCCAACCCCAGUCAAUUGUGAUCGUAAUGUUGAAGGAGUUAUUAGAAAUCUUACUGGCUUGUAGUUUAUGACACUUAAGUUUGUGACAUAUAUUUUAAAUCUGUUCCAUUACCCUCACAUAAGUUGUGAGUCAUCAACCGAUGGGUGUUUGUGCUUGGUAAGUUUUGAACAAAGAUGUACAUAUUUCUGUCAUGCUUAGUUUUCUGGCACCACAAUUGGCAGAGUUACUUCCCUUGGGAGUGACAGAAUCAGAUGAUUCUUGUUUCGAAUCCCAAAUCUCCCUGAUUAUUAUCCUGUCAUGGGUCAGCAGGUCAGCAUUAUUACCUGUGGUCAUGGCUUUCAGCAAAGUCGUAAAAAUCCAAGACCUGCAUCACUUUGGGCGUUUCUCCAACAUCAAGCUGACAAGCCGUGGUUUAACUGUAAUACUGUUCGAAGCGGUGUCAGACACAACUCACUCUUGUGUUAACAGAUACAUAAGUGUCAAUUCUGAUGAACCUUUCAGAUAUGAGCUGUUGACUGUAUGAUGAGACCAAGUCCCAUCUGUUAAUUAUAUGUUGUGUACAUUUCCAAAUGUAAAGUUAUGUGUUUCUUGAUUGUUAUAUCAGCUGAAUAAUUAAUAAAUAUUUACUAAACCUAAAA